ACGCGUUUGCGAGUUCGGGAAUAAACGCUAUAAAAAUUUUGUAGCAAAAAAAAGAAACACCGAAUAAAUUAAGAAUUAAGUGAUUUCACCUGAUUUUACUAAAAUAAAAUGUCCGGGAAAAAACUGUCAGCAGCGGCAACGCCCGAAAAAGAAUACAUCGUCGAGCGAGUACUUGGGCGUUGUGUUCGACGAAGCGGAGCUAAGUACAUAAUUAAGCGUAAGGGCGCCGAGGAUGUUGUACAGCACUCGGAAGUUGAAAAAGCUGUUCCCAAAACGAAGAGAAAGGCCAAACCCCAGACACAGCCACAGGAACAAGAUGUGGACAAUACAGGUAUUGAGAAACCGAAUACCAAAGUUAAGAAAGUAGCUACCAAACCUACUAUAAAACUUAACAUAAAUGGCUCCAAUCGUGCACCCCGCAAGAACCAAAAGAAGAAUACUAACGCGUCCCAAAAACCUUCAUCGGUCACCUCAAAACAGAAGACCCCCCAGGAAAGAAACAACAAUACGAAACUGACUAAAGGCAACAUCGACAAACCAACCAUGGGAAACAACGAUAAACCAACCGGCUUUGAUAGACAGCAGCGUGUUGAGGAGAUUAUCGGAAUCAUCGAAGAGCACGGUGAACUUAGCUUCCUGCUGAAGUGGAGGGGUAUCGAAGUGCUCGAAAUGGUACCGUCCAAGGUGGUCCGCGAACACGUACCAGAAAUGGUGAUUGAUUUCUUUGAGGCCCGCAUCAUAUGGACGUGAACAAAAGGACAAAACACAAAAGAUUACUGAGUGGUCUUGCUUUCUUCACUUUGAUUUAUUUUCUUCUUUAUUUUAUUUAUUCCUAUCGAUUAAUUAUCGAUUUGUUGACCAGAAGAGAAAUGUUAUUGUAUUUUUAGCUAUUUAAGUAUUUUUUCAUUUUAAACUAGAAAAUAAUUCACUUGAAACUUAAUGUAAAUCAUAAUGGAAUCGAUAAACUGGGCGAAAUUCGAGGAUUUCGAAUUAUAAAAAAAAGAUCACAUUAAUUGAGUAAAAUAAUUAAACUU